GAAGAAGCAGGACAGUUCGCACACAAGAAAACAGUGUGAUGAUGUGACUAGAGCAGUGACGCGAAAAAGUGGAUAUAACUUUGAAAAGAAACAAUUUCAAUCCCUGUUGUGAAUUCUAUGGACGAACGAUUGUAACAAAGAGCAAGACGGUUUCCACCGUGCAUCCCCCUUUCCUUCCCCAUCACGCAAAAAACGCGAAGGAAAAAGGGGUGGUUGCGUUCUGGGUGUUAGGAAGGACAGCGGAAGGAAGAGAAGUGAAGCAGAGGAACACUUUCGCGAACAUUUGUUGUGUACCAACAAGCUCCGAGCUUGCCACCUUUUUUCCCGAACAGUAUUCUCUUGUGGUGCGGAUGAGCGUAGAAAAUGUGUGAAGAUUAGUUUUAGUUAUUUUUUUGUUUACUUUCAUUCAUUCGUUUGUGUUUUUACCUUAAACUGUACGUUUUACCAAUACUGUGACGCCGCGACCUACGUGUGACCCCGCGCAACAUUCACGCGUUUUGUGUCAGCUUUUCCUCGCAACACCGUGUGCGCAUUGUUUUCGGCGACAAAGGACGCCAACAACUGCAUUGUGUCCAAAGUAAGCGAACUGAACAUUAACAUCCCGAACAGGAAACCGACCACGAAAAUGGCCGACAAAUGGGUGGGCAAGUCGGUGUCGAUACACUGCCGGAACGAUAUCGGCAUUUUCCAGGGUAUCAUCAAACGCGUCACGCCGUCCGUCGUGGUCAUCACGAAAGCGGUCCGGAACGGGAUACCGCUCAAGAAGAACAAUGUGGAGGUGACGCUCAGUGCGGUCGACAUUGCCAAGCUGGAUCUGAUCUCGUGCAGCAACGUGCCCAGCAUUCCGUCGAAACCGGUGGCCACGGUGGCCGCCAACUCGGGCAUGGUCACCUCGCUGGACGACCAGUACGAUGGGCUGAAGCUGAUGAAUAAUGGCAAGCAACAUCAGCAGCAGCAGCAGCAGCAGCAGCAGCAGCAACAACAGUUCCAGAACGGAACCGGCAGCGCAUUCAAGCUGGCCACCAAAUCACCCGCUCAAAGCAAGUAUGCAAACACACCGAACAACACGACGCAACCCGUCGUCGGGCAGGGCAAAAGCACCGCCAGCAGCCACCCGAUCGACAUUAACAACGGCAGCGCCCAGAACCACAUGGCGUCGUCGUUCACCGGCGGGUUCGUCGGAUCGUUCGGCAACGGGCGGCCGGUGGCCACCGUCAGCCAAUCGCUACCGCACGUGGACGGUAGCGCAAAGAAGAACGGUGGCAACGGCAACGGGAAAACGUCCCGCAGCCGGAAGAAUCUGGCCAAGGACAGCACGUUCGGCUCGCCGGACGACGAUCCGCUCGAGAUGGAGGGAGACUUUGAUUUCGAGAAGAAUCUGGCCCUGUUCGACAAGCAGGCGAUCUGGAACGAAAUCGACGCGCACCAGACGAAGGCGUCCGAGGCGGCCGCCCGGCAGCGCAAUGCGCCCACCUCGGCCGCCAAAACCAAGUACCGGCACGAUGAGAAUGUGCUCGUGUCGACACCGGCCCAGUACCGGCAGAUCGUGGUUCAGCGUGUGGCGUCCCGCGACGCGCAGGAGUACGUGACGGACGAAGGGCUGGUCAUACCGUCGAUACCGGCCACGCUGCGCCACACCGUCGAGGAGUACGCGGUCAGCAUGGGACUGUCGCGGGAGCGGCAGCACGACUUCCUGGCCCGUGGUGCAACCGAGCUGGCGCUCCAGCUGCUCGGUGGAUCGAGGCGCCUGACGCCCAACAACCAGCACCAGUGGCCAAAGAUUGUGAUCGUGUGCGAGGGCAAGCUGGACGAGGUUGGCAUAUCCACUGCCCGGCAGCUGGCCAGCCACGGGCUGGAGACGGUCGUCUACCUGUGCUCGCUGACGGAAGCGACGCAGAACAGCUCGGAGGUUCCGCUGUACAUGGCGACGGGCAACAAAAUUUCCGUUGAUGUUAAUACUCUACCUCCGUGCGAUCUCGUGAUCGCCUCGGUGCAGAACCCGCGGCUGACCGAUCAGCUGCGCAAAUGGAUCAGCUACAGCCGGGCGCCGGUGCUAGCGAUCGAUCCGCCCGGGGCCGGUCUCGAGGGUGUCUCGAUCAAAUGUUCGAUACUGCCCAUCCUACCGCUGGACGGGAUCGACCAGAACGAUGCCUGCGGGCGGUUGUACCUGUGCAACCUGGGCAUCCCGAAUCAAAUCUUCCGCCGUGCCGGCAUCACGUACAAAAGCCCGUUCGACAAGUUUGUCAUUCCGAUCCACCGAAGAAAGGACGAGUAAGAUGACGGACGGGCACCCAUGACAAGAUAGAAAGAGGGAGAAAGAGAGAGACAGUGAGCGAGAGAGAUUUAUAGACAGCGUUUCCGUUUCCAUGCGGAGAACAACACUUUUAUUUCCGUUUUAUUUACGUCUUCGAUCAAAAAAGGUACAACACCUACCAGCUCCUACACCAAUGGAAGAGACAUUAAAAUUCCGAAUCAUCCUGUUCCGAUUAGAAAUGCAAAAAGAAAACUGAAAUGCUCCGACCACAAACGUAAAAUAGACUCGAGUGAAAAUUCUUCUGCAAUAAACAAGGCAAACCAAACCCCCCACAUAACCUCCCGGCAAAACACAGCAAA